GAUCCCCAUCUCCAUCUCCCUCCGUCUGGUCCUUCCUCUCCCGUCCUGUCCCCUCCCCCGCCCCCCGAGGCGGAUUUUGUGGGCGCAGAGCCUCGUCAGUGCGCAACGCUCCGCUCGCCCGGGCGCCCGUCCAGGGCCGGGAUCUCCUGGGACCCCGGGGUCGGGGGGCUGGGCCCUGGGGCCGGGCCCGAGGACUGGACCGGAUCACGGCCUUUCUCCCGGAGGCAGGCAGAAUGGCGCUCUGGAGAGCUCAGCUCCUGAUGGGCCUCUUCUGGCCCGCGGCCUGGGGACUGGGCCCGGGCCCCAGCCCGGAGCUCCGUUCCGCCUUCUCGGUGGCCCGGACCAGCAGCCUGGAGGGCAACACGGAGAUGGCCGUGACCUUCGACAAGGUCUACGUCAACAUCGGGGAUGACUUCGACCCCAAGUCGGGGCUGUUCCGCUGCCGGGUGCCGGGGGCCUACUACUUCUCCUUCACCGUGGGCAAGUACCCACAGAAGAGCCUGUCGGUCAUGCUGGUGAGGAACCGGAACGAGGUGCAGGCCAUGGCCUUCGACGAGCACCAGCGGGCCGACCGCAAGGUGGCCAGCCAGAGCGCCAUGCUGCAGCUGGACUACGGAGACACCGUCUGGCUGCGGCUCCACGGGGACCCCCAGUACGCGCUCUACAGCACCCCCGGGCCCUGCACCACCUUCAGCGGCUACCUCAUCUACCCCGACACCUCCUCCUACUUCCACGGCCUCGGGCCGGCCCCGCCGCCCCACCGCGGCCCGCUCGGGGGCCUGGCGGGAGAGCGGGAGGAGGACGGGGAGGAGGCGGCGGGCCGGGCCCGGGCCCCCGCGGCCCGGCCGGACCCCCGCUCGGCCUUCUCGGCGGCUCGCUCGCAGAGCCUGGUGGGAGUGGAAGAGGCCUCCCUCCGUCACCGGCCCGUCACCUUCGACACCGAGUUCGUCAAUAUCGGGGGCGACUUCGACGCGGCGUCGGGCGUCUUCCGCUGCCGCCUGCCCGGCGCCUACUACUUCUCCUUCACCGUCGGCAAGAUGCCGCGCAAGACGCUGUCGGUGAAGCUGAUGAAGAACCGCGACGAGGUGCAGGCCAUGAUCUACGACGACGACCGCUCGCGCCGGCGGGAGAUGCAGAGCCAGAGCGUCAUGCUGCCCCUGCGCCAGGGCGACGCCGUCUGGCUCUACAGCCACCAGCACGACGGCUACGGGGCGUACAGCAACCACGGCAAGUACAUCACCUUCACCGGCUUCCUGGUGUACCCGGACCCCGGACCGGCGGGCCCGCCCGGCCCCCCGGGGACCUGAUCGCCUCCCUCCCGCCUGCCGUGGGGUGAGGGGAGACCGAGAAUCGGAGGGGCCGGGAGGUCCGGGGGGAGGAUUGAAACGCAUGCUUUGUGUGUGUGUGUGUGUGUGUACACGUGUGCGUGUGUGUGCGCGCGCGUGGGUGUACGUGUGCGGGAGCCGUGCGCACACGUCAGCUUUCAGCCCCGCUACGUCCAGCUGGGGCGGGUGUCCCUUGUCGCUGUUCUAGCCCGACGUCAAAGCAUGAGACCUUGGGUCAGCUAGCGCUCGCUGGGAGAGCCAGGGAGGUGGGUGGGGUGGGGAAGGGAGGGAGGUUUUGGGGGCGGGGGGGCGCUGGGUUCUGGAUCAGCCAAUAAAACAGGGGUCCGGCAGGCUCUGGCCACAGCGAGCCAA